AUGGCAUCAAUUAAAGAAAGAGCUGCUGCGUUGAAUCUUGACGAGAAACUACGUACUCCUCCUAUAGUUCGAGGGUUUACCGUGAAGGCAGCCCAUUCUCGUUCUUUGGGAAGUUGCCUCAUUUCCCACCUCAAGUCCUCUUUGAAAGUGAGACGUCGUCGGAUUUACCUUUUGUCCCACAAUGACUGCUUCCUGGGCUGUGAGGCUGUGGACGCUGUGGCAGAGUACAUUGCCAGUGAAAAGGCCUUUGAGGGGGCUACUGCAAGCCGGGGGAAAAUCGUGAAUGUAUGCCAAGCUCUACUGGACUGCAAUGUUUUUGAGGCAGUAGGAACUAAAAUGUUUGGCAAAGACAAGAAGCAGGUUGAAUUUCAGGACAGCAGGAGUGCUCUUUACAGGUUUGUUCAUGAACAUGCCCCUCUAGUUGAAGACCUGGAGACAGGUUUGCUUGUGAACAGUAUCCAGAAACUCUUUAGUUCUCCCUCAGACAGAGAGGCCGAGCACACAUAUCCUUCUGGGCCAAAAUUUCUGAUGCCCACGCCUGUCAAAUUCCUCCAGAUGUCCACUAAAGUUUCUCACUCAGUUAGUUCUGUCAAUGUAGGCUCACCACUGGAAACCCGAGUGGAAAAUUUGAGUCUUAGUCCUGAAGGAGUCCAGACGCAUACUGUUUUACCACAGUCAGAGGUAGAUGAGGUUUGGAAGGAGCAAACCCUCCUCAGGUUAUUAAAACUUGUGGACCUCCCCCUACUAGAGGGGGUGCUUCACAUCACCCAGAUCUCGUCCUGCUCCCCUAAAUUGCUAAUAGUGACUCACAACAAUCCUGACCUGAUCGACAGCAGCAAGCACCUUGACAGACAAAUCCUGAAGGCCUUCAGGGACUCUCAAGAUGAUGUAUGGCUUUGUGCAGCGCUGGACUGUUUGGAUUUCCUCCCUGACCAACCAGUGGUGAAGCUGAGCCGUGAGCUGCCUCUCUUGUUCCCUCAAGAUCAGCAGAGCAAAGAGCGAGCUGAUGGCGUCAUGCCAGGGAAUAAAUGCCUCUCUCAGAGUGGCACUGCUCAUUGUAAGAUGCUUCUGUAUGGGACGUUGGUGAGACACUACAGCAACACAGAUAGACCUCCACUACUUCCUGAGCAAAUGACUAAUGUAUAUUCAGCAAUAACUGAACUGCUAGCGACUGCAAAAUUGAUCACAGCACUUGAAGCACUGCAGCUGUGCUUGAAGUUGCUGCCAACAAACUGCAGAGAGGAGCUAUGUCGAAUCCUUACGUUCAUGGCAGUGGCUGGUGAUGUAGAAGAAAUAAGACUGGACAAAGAGAUGGAAAACAGACUUGCAGUGAAGAGGUCUUUUUCCAAAGCCAUCCUGAACAGCAAGGCUCUAUCAAAAGAGAGAGAGGAUCUAAUGGUUGCCUUCAUGCUCAGCAACAUAAAGGAGAUCUUUAAGAUACCUGGAGCCUUGCACAAAGUGGUGAGCGACAAGCUCGCUGGCCUGGUUCAUGAGAAACAGCCCGAUGUCACAGGCUGUCACGUUCCCAGCAGGAUUUAUGUUGACACUACAAAGACAACCACUGAUCAGGAACUGUGGUCUUUGCUUCACAUGAUUCACCUGGACACAAAGCUCUUACCUAAGGAGAAAAAGUCUCGACUGAGGCAGUUUUGUCAAGCCCAUCCUGAGAUAUUUCAUAAAUACUUUGGUGAAUCAGCUGUUAAUCUACUUUAG